GUAUAGCGAGCAAGAAGAGCACGUACAUCCACAGCUCACUUGAUAGCGUUGUCAGAGUGCGGUCAUGCGUCAAAUGGUGGGAAGGCCCCUGUUGGCGGCAAUUCUAAUGGUGUGUCUUACGCUCAGCUUUUUCUAUACCGUAUUUAACAGUGAAAGUGAAGCGGGAGAAUUUGUGGAACGUGUGACUCAACAGCCCUUAUUAGCAUCAGAACUCGAAGAUUUGGAGCAGAUUUUAACUGGGCUGAAACCAAAACGUACCAAUAUUUUCUUCCUAAAGGCCCACAAAUGUGCUAGUAGCACAAUACAGAACAUUCUGAUGAGAUUUGGUUUGGCACACGCCCUCUCUUUCGUUCUACCUCCACAAACCAACUACUUGGGCAACCCUCAACCUUUUCGACCAGACAUGAUAGACGAGAAGUACGCAACAUUAGACGGCAAGUACAACAUCUUCGCUCACCACACUCGAUACGACACAGAUCAAGUCCGUUCCGUCAUGUUCGAAAACGCAGCCUUCGUCACCGUUCUGAGGCAUCCGGCAGACCUUUACGAGUCUAUUUUUUCCUACUACAGUCUAAACACGUUUUAUAGUAUUUCUUUCAAGGAGCUGUUGAAAUCUCCAGAGAAAUUGAAAAAUGUCGAAGCGAGAUACGCCAAGAAACUAGGACUAAACCAGAUGAGUUUUGACCUCGGACUGCCCGAGGAAGAUUUCACUUCAACUGAGAAAGUGAGUAAGUUUAUAAAGAAGAUUGAUAAGGAGUUUGACUUGGUGAUGAUCUCGGAAUGGAUGGAGGCGUCUCUGGUGUUGUUGGCCGAUCUCAUGAACUGGCCCUUAGACUACGUCAUGUUCCUCAAGAUCAACGCUAGGUCUCCUGAGGCCGUCUACAAGAUGUCGUCCGAGGAACGGCGGACUGUGUCGCGAUGGAACAGAGUUGACCACAAGCUCUACACCUACUUUCUGAACAAGUUUAAACAAAGAAUUAGGGAUUAUGGGGAAGAGAGGAUGUUACGUGACAUUAAAAAGCUGUUGUCUCUAAAUUCAAAAUUGCGCUUUCGUUGUGUAGAAAGCGUAAACAGCAAAGGGUUCUCGGGCACACAAUCGUAUAACCUACGGAAUGGUUCUGAUUGGUUGUGUUUUUAUGCUGCAAGGACGGAGUUGGAAUUCACUGAAGACCUGAGAACGUUUCAAUUUAACAGCGUGAAAGUAAUUAACAAAUUGAAAAAUUUAUUACACCAAAAUGUUACAGAAUUUGUGUGAGGUUGGGUUUCCACUCAAUCAAUGCCAUUUGUUUUGGUGAAUGUAACUAUGACAUUGUAAUAAGUACACCUACCUUAACAUUGCAACCCCUUCAACAUUUUCUUAUCGAAUGUUAUCAAUAGUAGGCCUAUGCCAAAUUUAGUAUAUACAUAUGAUAUUAUCUGAGAUAAUAUGUUUAUAUAAAAAUUAUAUUACACUGGGCUACAAACCAUCUCUCUAUUAUCUAUUCAAUACUUAAAAUUUUAAUUUAUGUAUUUUAUUGCACUGUGUUAUACUCAAAUACUUGUUAGAAUAUUAUCUUGGAGGCCUGUGAUAUCUUUUUCUAAAUUCUAUGCAAAUGUUUGCUUACAUCUUACUCGUAUUAUGCUUGUAAAAACUACUUUGUAAUACAUAUUUUUCUUUACUUUCCUGUCUGUAAUGUAAAGUUUAAAAUAAAAAUUGUUGAAGCAAACGGAAGAAAAGAUCUAUGAUGUAAAUAGUUUUGUAUUGUUUUGUAUACACUUUUUAUAUUGAAAACAUUGUUACUUAAAACGU